AUGCAUUUGGCACUUGUUCUCCUACCAAUUUGCAUCGCUGCAGCUCAUAUGAUCAAGCCCCAGUCUGAACAGUUUCUCCUUGCAGCCUACGAUGAAGAUUACACCUACAAUUUACAACACGAAACUCAAUACCUCAAUGCACCAAUCCAAAGAGUCGAUUACCAAUCAUCCAAACUAUUCAUUCCUCAGCACACAAAGGACACCGCAAACUCCUCCACCACGUCAGCAAAGUAUAUUGAAGGUAAAAUUUUGAUUAAUGGUAGUUAUAAAGUAGAUAAUUUAAACAAUGAGGGAUUACAUUUCAUCAGAGUUGAUAAUCGUACAAAUAGAUUGAAAGCGUGUCCUAAAGGUGAAUUGUCUACCGGGUUUAGCUUAUUUAGGGAUGAGUUGCUUUAUAAUAAAUUGGGCAAAUGGUCAUUGUGCUUUGAUGUUGAAUGCAAUUGUUCGUAUAUUUACCACGGAACAGUUAAGGAUAAUGUCAAGUAUUGUGAUUCCGGUGAUCAAGAAAUUACCGUGAGGGCAAUUGGGAAGUAUGAUGCAUCUGGAGCUAUACCUGAUUAUCCAUACAGCUUGGAGGAAAAUUAA